GCUCCCUGGCCGCGAGUUCCUGGUCGGUGUCGGCGGGCUGGCGAAGGCGGCGUCUCCCCAGAGGGUUGAGAGGAAGCACCGCCGGCCUUCACGAUGAAGAUCUGGACCUCGGAGCACACCUUCGAUAGUCAAGCCUUCAGCUUUUGAAUUUCCUGAUGAUCUCCCAUCAGGAAAGUGACCCAAUGCUUGUUAUCCAAGGUCAGCUAGAUGCUACCACCUGCUGAGGGAGCCUUGAUUUGAGUCACCCCUGGAAGACUGUUACUACAGCUGCUAUGCAGAAAUACCCCAAUCCCAUGAAUCCCAGCGUAGUUGGAGUUGAUGUUUUGGACCGGCAUGUAGAUACUAAUGGAAAAUUACAUAGCCACCGGCUGCUGAGUACAGAAUGGGGAAUGCCAUCCAUUGUAAAAUCACUUAUUGGUGCUUGUAGAAUGAGAACCUAUGUUCAAGAGCACUCUGUAGUUGACCCGGUUGAGAAAAUAAUGGAGCUCAAGUCUAUUAAUAUUUCAUUUACCAAUCUGGUGUCAGUAGAUGAGAGACUAAUUUAUAAGCCACAUCCUCAAGAGCCAGAAAAAACUAUUUUGACUCAAGAAGCAACUAUCUGUGUAAAAGGAGUUAGUCUCAGCAGUUACUUAGAAGGACUAAUGGAAAACACAAUUUCUUCUAAUGCCAAAAAAGGACGUGAAGCCUUGGAAUGGGUAAUCAGCAAACUUAAUGCUGAAAUAGAAGAAUUCACUUCUUCAGCAAGAGGAAAUAUGAGAUCUCCAAUGGCAGCCGCCGCCUUUGUGGAAGAAUAGUAUAGAAGUUAUACCAAGUUGCUAGGCCCAAUAAUUUGAAAGGAACACUCUCAAGCUUCCUCAAAGCUGGAAAUAUUUAUUCUUAUACCUAUUUAAAAAAUAGAUCUGUAGCUUAGAUUUUUAAAUUAAAAUUUUGGAGAGAAGUUGCCUAAAUCUCUACCUGAAGGUAAUACGCAAGGCUUUCUGUUGAAUUGUACAUUCCUUAAACUGGAAUGCAGGCAUUCAAGACAGUUCAUGUGUUUGCAGAAUAUAUUCUGGGCACAAGAUUUUGAGCAAUUUGUUACAGGGUUUCGCUUUGAAGAACAAACGCUAUUACUUGAAAUAGGAUCUAAAGUGCUUUUUUAUAGGCUGUUUUCAUGAAAGUUACCAUUUGCUAACCUGAGAAGUUUGAUAUUUAACAUUCAUGUUUACAGAAGCACCACCGUUUUGAAAACUAUUCUGAAUGUGGCAGAAAUUGCAUGCUAUAUAAUUAGAUAUGAACUAAAAGUGGCUUAUUUUAGUUAAAUGUAAUUUCAGUUAAACUGAAAAAUUUCAGUUUUGAAAGUCUUUACUUGGUAAAGAUGGUUAAAUUGUUGAACAAUGCAACUUGUUGAACUUAAUCAUUUUGGUCCCACAUUUUCUAAGAAUCAGAAAUUGUAUAAUAAUUACAUUCAUAGGUAGAAAUCCCUCCUCCCUUGUAAAAUGCAUAAUCAUGAUUUAUGUACUCCAGACAACCGAAGUCUCUUAAAUUGUACUUUGUUGUUUCUCUUUUUACACACACAUACACACAUACACACACACACACACACAGAUUUUAUUUAGUUCUUUGCUAUAUAUCCAUACUGCCCUACUUUCUAUCUACAGAAGUCUAGGUACUUCAUAACAAAUAUAUCUAAAUUACAUAAGUAAAAGAAUAUUUCCCUUUCAAUAUCAAAAUAGCCCUUUCUUCACAGGGGAUUAUUUAUAUAUUCAAAAACUGGAAAAUCCAAAAGGCUUUUAUGUUUGUGGUACAGGUUCAAUGUAAAAUGUAAGUAUCUUUGAUGAGCAGGACACUAGUAGAACUCUGGUAUCUGUCAUAAAUGACGAGAACUAAUGAGUUGUGGACAUAUCUUAAUUUCUGAAUUCUGAUUCCUUUAAUACGCUCAUCUAUGGUGUUUAGCAUGGAAUAUUUUCUUAAGAAUGUCUGUAAAUACUAUAAUAUGGACCUGAAGCUAGUUUUAAAAGUUAACAUUUCAGUAGAAGGUACUGAUUCUUGUGAGGUGAGGUGCGAUUGCAAACAUUUACCGAUGCAUUUAAAUGUUAAAUAUUUUUCUACUGGGUUAUGUUUUGUCUUUUUCAUUUUUAAAAACUGCAAAAACAUUUUAUAGAGACAAUGUUAUUAAAAAAGGUUAAUGUUUGAUACUCUAA